AUGUCGUCCACGCACGACAGCCCCCCUUCCUCCAGACCGUCCCUCUCAGAUCCCCCACAACAAGAUGCCAUUGGCCUCUUUGACCUGCAUCUUAAGUUUCUUACAGACUCAUACCUCAACUUCUUCCAGGAACGGAAGAGGAUAGAGGAAGCAUAUGUGGAUGCUCUCCUCAGACUCCAUCGCAAGGUCAAAACCGUUGACAUCAUACUCGAUGACCCUAUUCGGGGAGACCUCAAGGCAGACACGCGUGUAGCAUUUCUCAGUACACUCGCCUCCGACGUGAUCAUCCCGCUCAUGUCCUUGAGGGAGACUCAAGAUCGCAUCCGCAAGCGCAUCAAGGAGGACCUCAAGGAUGCCGUCGGCGCACAUUCCGACUAUGCAGAGAACGUUCUCCCGCGACUCAAACGCAACUAUCUCAAGAAAUGCCAAGAUGUCGAGGACUACAAAGCGGCAGCGGCAGCAGUUCCAGUGCCGCUCAUGUCUCCUACCAUCUCCAACGAUUCUCACGGCUCGCAUCACGCCUCCAAGCCAAUCACAAACAUCGCGGCACGGCCAGUGGUCACUGCACCUCAGCCUUUGCGGCCUCUCGAUCGCAGACCGUCGCUUGGAGCGCCCGCGACCCAUGCGCGCUCUCCUUCUGCAGGAACUGGUCUGCAGGACCAAGCACAAGGCGCCGUUAAGAAGGGUCUCAACCAGCUCAUGACGUUGCUCGACAAGGGCGGGAACAUGAAAGACUUUGCGGGACGAUCUGACAACGCGUUACGAUCUGUGCGUGCAAAGAGAGAAGCUGAUGAGGCCAACAAGGAGUACAGAAAAGGCGUACACUGGCUUGAAACGCUUCGGUUACGAAGGGUCAAGAUGCUGGAGUCCGGCUAUAAUAGCGUGGAGUCAUUUGUGCGCGAAUCGGCAGAGACUGUCAAGACUGUUCUAAGACAGUAUACAGAUAACUUGAUUGCCACGGCCACCACACAAAAUCAAAUCUCCGAGCAUGGCAGACGCUCGAUCGAGAAGAUUUCGUCGGAGAGGGACACUGUCAUACUCGGUGCCAGCAUUCAACGGAUGCUCGCGAUUGCGACCCCUCCGCCCGUGUAUUACUACAAUUACAAUGUGGGGGAAUGCAAGGAUCUGAUAUUCGGCGUGACAUUGGUGGACUACGCGACGGCGCGAAACCUGCCCGAGGGCGAGGUCCCGAAGAUCGUCAGGAUCAGUAUCCGGGAGAUUGAGCGGCGAGGAUUGGAUGCGGAAGGCAUUUAUAGGGUGUCGGGCCGACAUGCUGCUGUCCAGGAUCUUCAACACAAAAUAGAGCGCAACGAGGCUGCGUUUGGGUUCAAUCCAGCGGUUGACGAUGUAUAUGCGAUUGCUUCGCUCCUCAAGAUGUACUUGCGCGAACUUCCGGAACCGUUGUUCAAGUUCUCGCUUCACGACCGUAUUCAGCAUAGCGAAGAUCUUGAUGAGCACCGGAAGAACGAUUUCCAGGUACUGAGAGGGAAGAUACGGAGACUGCCUCCAAUUCAUCAAGCUACCCUUAAGAUGACGGUUGAGCACCUGGCCCAUGUCGCUGCGCACCAUGAACGGAAUAAGAUGGAUGCAAAGAACUUGGCCAUUGUUUUUGGUGCCGUGAUCUUUGGCGAAGACGAGAUGCCGAAAGGUGGUGAUUUGCUGAGCGACACGCUUGCUGAGGAUCUGAUUGAGAAUGCCCAAAUUUUGUUCCAAUUCAACGGCUCUCCUCAGCUACCCAUGACUCCGCUGGGCGAAACAGUUCCGCCCGUGUCUUACGGCUCAUCACAUACGAAAGUCUCUAAAAUGGGACCUCCCUUAUCCCCUAACCGAAAUAUCCAGAUGCCCCCGCCACCUUCCCCUAACAGUCGCAAUACAAGGUUGGCACGCUCCCCUUCACUUCCUCCACGACCCCCUCCCGCUUUGCAUACUGUCCGCCCGCCGCCCCCAGACGACUUCACUCCGCAAUUACCCCCACAUCCACCCAGUAGCAUCCACCCCUCACUCCGCGCUGGCCCUAUGUCUGCACUUCCUGCACGGCAGUCGCUACCGGCCCAGCCGAGGUUUGCCCCACCACCCGAUGCACUGUUGUAUAUCAACCUUGAUGCACCACCUGCAAGGCGAUCGUUGAGUCGAGAUAGUAGAAGCACGCCUCGGACCCCCGUGCUUGAGUCGGCGCCGGAGGAGCCGCCCAUGUUGCGUAGGGAGGGUCGGGCGACGCCAAGGAUUACCCCUCACUUACCCCCGCGGCCUCUUGUGGCCGACGUGACCGAGGACCAACUGUCGCUAGCAAUGGGCAGCUCUACAGCAGCGGAACCGUCUGACGACCUGACGCCUCACCCGUCGCAAGCUGAGGAGAUACCGGAACGCAGGGGGGAAGACGACGCUCUAACAUCAGCGUCUUCGGUAGUGACGUUCGCGAGUGCAGAAUCGGCCUCAUCUAGAGGAUCCGCAUCUACACUCGCAUCUACCAUUCAGCUCGAGUCUCUGACAAGGUCUCAAGGUGCAGUACCAGAGCCUUCGAGCGUGAAGAUCGUGGAUAAUGCUAUUCCCUGAUGUCCGAUAUUGGACGUGACUGAAGUGUAUUUUCACAGUGUGUAAUAGUCAAUCAGCUGUGACGAUAUUGUAUCCCAGUAUCUCUUGUGUAAUACGCGCUGGCAUGUUGUCAUCAUUAUUGGCUAUCCAAACUUGUGACAUUUAAUCUGAGGUAUAGGAUACUGUGGAAUUGGUAGAGUAGUAACAGAGAUGUGGAUAU